CGCGCGCUCAGUCUCCACGCGUCCAGACGCGUCCACAGAUCGCGGUGCGUGCGGAGCUCCAAUGCUAAAAGCAGACGGAAUAUUCAUGCAAAUGACACUCAACUCACACUGUCAAUAGAGCAAGUACAUCAAGGCGAAUGCAGAUAAGAGCAGAGGACACCUUCAAGUCUUCAAACUGGAGAAAUGCUCAGAGGCUGUUGUGGAGUCUGAUGUUGGCUACAGCACCCUAGAUGCUCUCAGCACUGGCAGUACUCUAAAGGGAUUAUGCCCGCUGUCCCACAAUGCCCUCAGGUUGGCUACUACGGCGCUCCGUGGUCAUGUGGUUGCUGUUUCACAGCUUAGUGCUGAUGACACUGUGUUUACACCACCCCGCAACCUCUUGCUCUAAACGCUGUUACUGUUCAGACAGCAAGGGCUCGUUUGGUGGUAAGACCAUGCGCUGCAGCAACCUGCAUCUUACAGAGAUCCCUCAGGACAUUCCCAAUGACACUCAACGCCUUUACCUGGACUACAACCUUCUGAACAGCAUCCCUGCCAAUGCUUUUCAUGAUCUUCCAUUGCUAACUGAACUGGACCUUUCCCAUAAUGAACUGGCUCUGCUUGAACCUGGAGCCUUUAGAGGUUUGGCCGCCUCUCUACAGUUUCUGGAUCUCUCGUCCAACCAGCUCACAACGCUGGACCCAGAUGCAUUUGAAGGUAUCCAAGCAAGGUCCAACCUCACUGAAAACCCCUGGCACUGUGACUGUAGGCUUCAGACCGCUCUUCCACACCUGGACCUGGAGCCUGUGUCCUUGACUGGCAUUGUCUGCCAGACCUCUGAUCCUGUGGACUCUGGAGCCCAAGGUGUGCCCUUCCUGCUGGCCAAAGACCUGGACCUGUGUGUGGUGCUCAGAAAGACCACGGACGUGGCCAUGCUGGUGACCAUGUUUGGAUGGUUCACCAUGGUCAUCUCCUACCUGGUCUACUAUGUGAGACACAAUCAGGAAGAUGCCAGACGCCACCUGGAGUAUCUCAAGUCUCUGCCCAGCAGGCAGGGCAAGUCUGAGGAGUCUUCCACCAUCAGCACUGUGGUGUAGCAUUAGGCCACAUGCUCAUGACAUGUGGAGGAAGCUUCUCAGUCUGCCGUAAGGCAAUGGGCACACUGGGCAUUGGGCUACCAAGAUGAAACCCUUGGUAAAACAGAGAAUUUAGGCUUUGUAGCCCAUUAAUCGUCGCCCACACCUUACUUCAAGGCACUGCUCGGUAUUGAGCAGCACCCUACCAAAGAUGCACUUUGGAAGCAGGAUACUUCUUGAUCAAUGAAGCGCAAUGUCCACAAUGGGGCCAUGUGAAAUGUUUCACGCUGAGACAGAAAUAAUCCACAUAUAUGCUGUCUUUUCUGAUGGACCACAAACCAGUAGACAGAGAUGACCGUAGAAAGUUGGAGUGAAAUCACAGGGAACAUCUAAUGAAUCCAGAUGAAUAAUUGAUUCAGAAAAGGCCCAGCUUCAAGCACAUCUUGACUAAAAGGUCUGUCUGCUCUGCACGCUUUUAAAAGAGUUGUUGUUGUUUUUCAGUUAGAUCCCUAUUUGGCAGGCAACAUGUAGCGUAAAGCACUCAUGCUUUAGGGCUUUUACAAAAAGUACUGUUGGUUUCCCUGCAGGCAACAUCAAAAUUUUACAGAGCCACAUAUUCUUGCAUGCAUCAGUAAUUUUUCAGGUGUCUCAGUCAACAAAGAUGCACGGCAGUUUGGUUUUAUACACAGUGUUUGGGUUUUAGGGUAGCAAAGAUGGUGAGUUAUUUAUUUCCUCAUGACUAGUGCAGUGAUAAUGAUGUAAUAACUUAAAAGAAAUGAAAUCAGCUUGUUAUUUUUGUGACCAUUCACUGUAUGAUAAAUCACUGUUAAAGCAGUUUAAAGGGAAAUAUCUCCAGGGCACUUUGAUGAUUUUCAUCAUUAUGACUGAAAAUGUUUAGAUUCUUUUGAUGUUCAAAAAUAACAAGAUGUUCCACCACAGGGAGAGUUUGCGCUGAGUGAAUCCUGAACUUGGUAUGUCACAUUCAGUACUGUGUGAGUGUGCAGUUCCCUACAUAGAGUGCCAGCAAGAAUUUUGUAUGUUUGCCAAGAUUCUUAGCAGCAUUGCAUAUAUCUGUUGUGGGUAAGGCAAAGCCAGAAUGCAUUGCGACAAAUUAAGUGGAAAAAAUUUAUUCAAGAUGUCAGAGAAAGUAUCGAGAGAUAUGCAGAG